AUGAUGCGCUAUGGUUGUAUUUUGCUGUUCGUCUGCGUGAUCAAUUCCGCUGCAGCCAUCUUCGGUCAGAAUCCUUCAAACUUACCGUUCACGGUUUUCGGAAGACCAGCUGGAGGCUUCUUGAAUGUUGUACGUAGAAGAGGUGGUCAACAAACCGGAGGAGAAGAGAAUACACGCGAACAAACGACAUCUUUCAAUGAUCUCGUACAAACGUUCACAAUCACACAACCGAUUGAGCAUGGGAAUGCAUCACUCGGAAAAUGGCAACAGAGAGUUCAAUACAAUCCAGCCUUCUACAAGAACAAAGAGGUGAUCUUCCUUAUGAUCGGUGGCCAAUCACCUAUAUCACAGAGCUGGGUCUCAGAUCCAUCACUAACAUAUCUGAAGUGGGCUAAGCAAUACGGUGCAGCAGUUUUCCAGUUAGAACACAGAUGCUUUGGUCAAAGUCGACCAUACAACAAUUUGGAACUGACCACUCUAAGGUAUUGCACCGUUGAACAAGCUCUUCAAGAUUUGGCGAAUUUCAUACGCCAAAUGAACGUGAAAUACAAGUACUCUAAGCCAAAGUGGGUGACUUUCGGUGGAUCGUAUGCAGGUACGCUGAACGCUUGGUUUCGUCGAAAAUAUCCACACAUGACAGUUGGUGCUGUGGCGAGUUCUGCUCCUCUCACUCACUACUUGGAUUAUUUCGGUUAUUCGAAGAUAAUGGAGAAAGUGAUUCGAGACACAAGUGCGAGUUGCCAUAAUCAAGUUGGUGGGGCGAUACAGGUGAUACUUAGUAAAACAUUUACAGCGAAGGGCCGUAACGAGCUGAGUGAAAAGCUGAGAUUGGCACCAGCAUUCAAUGAGACAACGCUGACAGUGAAAGAUAUUCAUCACCUCAUGGCAUCCAUAUACGAUCUAUUCCAAAGCAUCGUUCAGUAUUCAUAUGAUGGAAAGGUAGAAAUUUCGGUUCAUCAAACAAUGUCCUGGCACAACUGA